AUGACAGAAUCAUCAAUGAGUAUUCCUAUUUACGAAGGUUCAAUGGUAUCAGUUCGCAGUGCGACUCCAAACACGGCUAAAUUUCGUCCCAUAACAGGUUUAGUCAAGCGGAAAACUGAAUCAGAGCCAAACUGGAAAAGUGGUGAACUUGCUUCAAAAUAUCAAUGUCUGGUUUGCAAUAGUCAUUUGAAAUUUCCCAUUCAAUUCGAAGAUUGUGGUCAUCAUGUAUGCUCAGUUUGUUUGCCGGAUGUUAUGCGUAUUACUUCUCGUUGUCCAACUUGUCAACAGCCAUUAUCACGCGAUAGAAUGGUUAAUGAUAAAAUAUUACAAAAGGAAAUUCAAAGUUUGAAAGUUUCUUGUUCGAAAACAGAUAAAGGUUGUAAUUGGAAUGGAAUAUUAAGCGACUUUUCUGAUCAUACAGAAAACUGUGGAUUUGUAAUAAUUGAUUGUACAAAUGAAUGUGGAAUAAGAUGUGAAAGACGUCUUAUUCGUAAGCAUCAAAGUGACGAAUGCGCAAAGCGUAAAGUUGUUUGUGAAUUUUGUAAAAUGAGUAUUGUAUUCGAGGAUGAAAUUCCUCAUUUGAAUACUUGCCCUGAUUUCAUAGUUCCUUGUCCAAACCAAUGUUCAAAUCAAGAAUUUAAGCGUGGUCAAAUGCAACAUCAUUUGGAUCAUGAAUGUUCAAAACAAUUAUUAUCGUGCCCGUUUGUUGAUUGCGGAUGUGAACAUCGCAGUGAACGAUCACUUAUUUCUAAGCAUAUAAAAGAAUCACCCGGUCUUCAUUUAAAUCUAGCUGGAAAAACGAUUGCAGUACAAAACAAAUUAAUACAAGCUUUUGAUGAACGCUUAAAUGAACAGAAAAAAUGGAUUGAAGUAUUAGCAAAAAAAGUCAAUGCUCUAGAAAAAACUUAUGGAGCUCAAUAUAUAUGGAAAAUUGAUCAUUAUCAGGAACAUUUACAGGAAGCGCGUUCAAAUAAGAAAACAACAUUAUUCAGUCCACCAUUUUUAACUAGUCGUCAUGGUUAUCGCCUAGCGCUGGCAAUCUGUUUAGAUGGUGAUGGAAAAGCAAAAGGAAAAUAUGUUUCAUUAUUUGCAAGUAUUUGUCGUGGUGACUAUGAUGCUUUAUUAUCUUGGCCAUUUUCACAUCGAGUUACAUUUACAUUACUCGAUCAGAGCGAAGAUAUAAAUAAUCGUCGUCCUGUUACAUAUAGUGUUAAACCAAAUAUAUGUAAAGAAAAUAAACCAUUUCUAGGUCGUCCUGUAACAGAACGAAAUGCAAGUUUUGGAGCACAGAAAUUUACAGAAUUGGUGACGAUGACGUCGUUUGAAUAUAUUAAAGAUGACACAAUAUAUAUUAAAGUCGAAAUUGACAAUGAAGAAAUGAUUAUCAUAUGA